AUGUGGAAAACCAGGAGAGGCUACGCAACCUGGAAGUCUUGGGAAGUUGCGUUUGCAGAAUACUGCUGUACGCAGCGCGUCUACUAUCGCGCUCGCACGUCUAAGGACGUUGACGAGUACAAUUGGGCGACCCAGUUCCACAAGUACCGGUGCAAGCAAAGUGUCUUUCAAAAGCGUCGCGGCGUGGGUAAAAAUAACGCCACCGUGAACUUCACCGGUUGUCCGGGGUUUGACCUCGAGCUCAUGAACGUGGCUUCGGCUGAAGCUUUUGAGUUCUUCAAAAGCAAGAACGCCUCUCGGAUGAUAAUCCGGACUGUCAUAACUGACAAGGACUUCGUCGAGUGGAGCGUUCUGGAGGACUGCUUUCCUCAUGCGAAGGUCCUCCUGUGCCAAUUCCAUGCUAUCACGUAUUGGAAAAAGAUGGUGCAAAGUGGCUUAGGCUUGCAGACAUAA